AUGGGUGAUGUUGAGAAAGGCAAGAAGAUCUUUGUUCAGAAGUAUGCCCAGUACCACACUGUGGAAAAGGGAGGCAAGCACAAGACUAGACCAAAUCUCCAUGGUCUGUUUGGACGGAAGACCGGUCAGGCUGCUGGAUUCUCUUACACAGAUGCCAACAAAAACAAAGGCAUCACCUGGGGAGAAGACACACUGAUGGAGUAUCUGGAGAAUCCCAAAAAGUACAUCCCUGGAACAAAAAUGAUCUUAGCUGGCAUCAAGAAGAAAGGAGGAAGAGCAGACCUAAUAGCUUAUCUUUAAAAAGCUACUAAUGAGUAAUGGCCUCUGCCUUAUUUAUUAUAAAACAGAAAUGUCACAUGGCUUUUAAUGUGUACCAUAAUUUUACUGAUUUCAUACACCACAAUUCAGAUCAUGAAUGACUAACAGAG